UCUGCUGUUUUUACUUUCAGAAGUAGAUACCUAAAUACCAUAAUCAUAACGGAAUAUUCCCUGACAGAAUAGUUCCACUAAGCAAUAUGUUAGUAUGUUAUACUUCACAAUAUAGGAAGCAAUCUGAACAGAAUCGGCACCUAAUUGGCUUAGUGUACAUUGCCCUACACACUGUCUCCUCGAUGGCUCACGCGGCACUGAAAAUAACUCGAGUCGAUGGAGCCGCACGGUUCGGCGCGGACUCGGCACAGUGCAGCGCCCGCCGCCGACGCCGACAGACCGCGAUGCGCGCCGUGCUGCUCGCCGCGCUGCUGGCGGCCGCCGGGCCCGCGCGCGCCGCCCGCGUGCUCGGCCUCUUCCCGCACACCGGCAAGAGCCACCAGAUGGUCUUCGAGCCGCUGCUCCGGAGACUGGCCGAGAGGGGGCACCACGUCACCGUCGCUUCCUUCUUCCCGCUGGCCGACCCGCCGGAAAAUUACACUGAUGUCAGUCUCCAGGGCAUCGCCCCUCUGGGCCUGGAGACGAUCGAUCUCGCGUUAUUCGAAAACCAAAAUUGGCUGCUGACCACGCUCGGUGUGCAGAAAAUUGUGAAUCAGAUCAACGAAUUCCAGCCGCUGGCCGGGAUGGCGCUGGACGUGUGCUCGAAGCUGGUGAGCUGGUCUCCGCUCGAGGAGGCGUUGAGGAAGGAGUACGACGUGGUGCUCGUGGAGAAUUUCAACAGCGACUGCAUGUUGGGCCUGAUGCACAUUUACGGCCUGCAGGCGCCCACUGUCGCGCUGCUGUCGAGCGGCCUCAUGCAGUGGUCGGCGCAGCGCGUCGGCGUCAAUGACAACCCGGCGUACGUCCCUAUUGUGAGCUCGUCGUUCACUUCUCGCAUGACUUUCUUGGAGAGAUUGGAAAAUACGGUUCUGAACGUGUAUUACAAGUUGUGGUACAGACACUUCAUACAAGUGAAGGAGCAGGAGCUGAUAGAGAAGCACUUCGGCAGGAAGAUUCCGGACUUGGAGAGUCUGAGCAAGAACAUAAGCCUGAUGUUGGUGAACGUGUUCCACAGCCUGAACGGUGUGAAGCCGCUGCUGCCGGGCGUCGUGGAGGUGGGGGGAAUGCAUUUGGACCAUUCGGAGAAACCCAUACCUGAGUACAUGGAACGAUUCCUGAACGAGUCUGAGCACGGCGUGGUGCUGUUCAGCUUCGGUUCGCUGAUCAAGACGGCCACCCUCCCGCCGCACAAGGAGCGGCUGAUCGUGCGCGCGCUGGCCCGGCUGCGGCAGCGCGUCAUCUGGAAGUACGAGGACAGCGGGGAGCUCGGCACGCGCCAGGGGAACAUCCUGAAGGUGCGGUGGAUCCCGCAGUACCAGCUGCUACGACACAAAAAGGUGGUAGCGUUCGUUGGUCACGGUGGCCUGCUGGGCAUGACGGAGGCGGUCGCGGCCGGCAAGCCCAUGGUGGUGGUGCCGUUCUUCGGCGACCAGCCGCAGAACGCCGCCGCCGCCGCCGCCGCCGGCAUGGCGACCACGGUGUCCUACGCCGACCUCACUGAGGAGUCGUUCACGGAAGCGCUUCACACUGUACUUAGUGCCGAAGUCCGCCUGAACGCCCGCCGGCUGUCCAGCAUGUGGCACGACCGCGCCGCGCCGCCGCUGGACACGGCCGUGUUCCGCACGGAGCGCGCCGCGCGCUGGGGGCCGCGCGACCCGCUGCACGCCGCGGCCCGGGACCUCGGCUACAUUCAGAUCGCGCUGUUGGACGUCGCCGCUGCAGUGUUGUUGGCUGUUUGUGUACUUGUUUUGUUAGUUAUUCUAAUUGUAUCCAUAAUUUUAAGGAUUCUGAAACGUUUGUUUAGCAGUAAGCGUAAGGAGAAACUUCACUGAAGUAUGGUGUAGGGCUUCAGCCUGCGGCUACGCACGCAAAGUGCAGCCUGUGUUGUUCUGUUUUAAGUGGGUAGUUUCGUCCGAAUCUAUUGAGUAAUUUUUGCGUGAAAUGCAUGAAUUUAAAAGAAUGGGCGUAGUCUAAACCUAUUUUGAUUUAAUUAAAAUCCACCAGACUCAGGUAUUUUUGCGCUGUUCUUGUGAGGAUUAAAGUUAUGAUUAAAAUUGUAACUAUUUUAGUGCUGUGCUGAUAGAUAUGUAAAUUUGAUAAUGCCAAAACCUGUCUCAAUUUGUAAAUAUAUGAGGACAAAAGACAAUAAUUUGUUUAAAGCUUUAUUUAGACGCCAUUAUAAUAAAGUGCAACGAUUUGUUAAAUA